GAUGGGCAACGCCGCAGCCGCCAAGAAGGGCAGCGAGCAGGAGAGCGUGAAAGAGUUCUUAGCCAAAGCCAAAGAAGACUUUCUUAAAAAAUGGGAAAAUCCUGCUCAGAAUACAGCCCAUUUGGAUCAGUUUGAACGAAUCAAGACCCUCGGCACGGGCUCCUUUGGGCGGGUGAUGCUGGUGAAGCACAAGGAGACCGGGAACCACUUUGCCAUGAAGAUCCUCGACAAACAGAAGGUCGUGAAGCUGAAACAGAUUGAGCAUACCCUGAACGAAAAGCGCAUCCUGCAAGCGGUCAACUUCCCGUUCCUCGUCAAACUCGAGUUCUCCUUCAAGGACAACUCGAAUUUAUACAUGGUCAUGGAGUAUGUGCCUGGCGGGGAGAUGUUCUCGCACCUGCGGCGGAUCGGAAGGUUCAGUGAACCGCAUGCCCGCUUCUAUGCGGCCCAGAUCGUCCUGACCUUCGAGUACCUGCACUCACUUGACCUCAUCUACCGGGACCUGAAGCCGGAGAACCUCCUCAUUGACCAGCAGGGCUACAUUCAGGUGACAGACUUCGGUUUUGCCAAGCGUGUAAAAGGCCGCACCUGGACCUUAUGCGGGACCCCCGAGUACCUGGCCCCGGAAAUCAUCCUGAGCAAAGGCUACAACAAGGCUGUGGACUGGUGGGCCCUAGGGGUUCUCAUCUACGAGAUGGCCGCUGGCUACCCACCCUUCUUUGCUGACCAGCCCAUCCAGAUCUAUGAGAAGAUUGUCUCUGGGAAGGUGCGGUUCCCGUCCCACUUCAGCUCUGACCUGAAGGAUCUGCUACGGAACCUGUUGCAGGUGGACCUCACCAAACGCUUCGGGAACCUCAAGAAUGGGGUGAACGAUAUCAAGAACCACAAGUGGUUUGCCACAACUGACUGGAUCGCCAUCUAUCAGAGGAAGGUGGAAGCUCCCUUCAUACCAAAGUUUAAAGGCCCUGGGGACACGAGUAAUUUUGACGACUAUGAGGAGGAAGAGAUCCGAGUCUCCAUCAAUGAAAAGUGUGGCAAGGAGUUUACUGAGUUUUAG